CUUCCCCUUCUCCGCAGUUUCUCGUGUGUUUCCUUCCUUCUUCCUCUGCUUAGUUGCUCUAUCGAAUUACAGCUAGUUUUCUUUUCUCAGUCAAUUGCGUGGAGUUAGUAGGCCAAACUAAGUACAUGUGAACACCCUGAUUUGCUUUCUGCAUUUUUUUUUUUUUUUGGCCUUCUGUUUUCUGCCGAGGAUUCAGAAUUCAUGAUGCCUCCCUGAUUUUUAGUUGCGAAGAGAGCGUAUAACGUCUUGUAAGAGAGUCUCUCUCUCUGGAUAGCAUACGAUGGGCAACUGCUUAGAUUCUUCAGCUAAAGUGGAUACAGCCAUUUCUGGAUCGGGAGUCUCAAAAAAUUACAGCAAAAACAGUCGUUCAUCAGCUCCUUCCAGCUUGACCAUUCCAUCUUUCAGUGAAAACAGCAAUGCUUCAAGUCUUCCUACUCCUAGGCCUGAAGGUGAAAUAUUAUACUCUUCAAAUGUGAAACCCUUCUCGUUCAAUGAGCUAAAGAAUGCCACCAGAAAUUUCCGCCCCGAUAGCCUUCUUGGUGAGGGUGGAUUUGGUUAUGUUUUUAAAGGCUGGAUUGAUGAACACACGCUUUCAGCCUCAAAGCCUGGAUCUGGAAUGGUUGUUGCUGUCAAAAAGCUUAAAUGUGAGGGUUUCCAAGGCCACAAGGAGUGGUUGACUGAAGUUAAUUAUCUUGGUCAACUUCAUCAUCCAAAUUUGGUUAAGCUAAUUGGGUACUGCCUGGAGGGCGAGAAUCGGCUUUUGGUCUAUGAGUUCAUGCCUAAAGGGAGCUUAGAGAAUCAUCUGUUUAGAAGAGGGCCACAACCACUUUCUUGGGCAAUAAGGAUGAAAGUGGCAAUAGGUGCUGCUAAAGGGCUCUGUUUUCUUCAUGAGGCCAAGUCACAAGUCAUCUAUCGUGAUUUCAAGGCUUCGAAUAUCCUCUUAGAUGCGGAAUUCAAUGCCAAGGUUUCUGAUUUUGGUUUGGCUAAGGCGGGCCCAACUGGUGAUAGGACUCAUGUCUCUACUCAAGUGAUGGGUACUCAGGGCUAUGCUGCACCUGAAUAUGUUGCUACAGGUCGGCUGACUGUAAAAAGUGAUGUCUACAGCUUUGGGGUUGUGUUGCUGGAACUGUUGACAGGACGACGUGCUGUUGACAAGACCAAGGCUGGUGUUGAGCAGAAUUUAGUAGACUGGGCAAAACCAUAUUUGGGUGACAAGCGAAAAUUGUUCCGCAUUAUGGACACCAAGUUAGAAGGCCAGUACCCCCAGAAAGGAGCCUAUACGGCUGCCACCCUCGCUUUACAGUGCUUAAGCGUUGAUGCAAAAGUAAGGCCUCGAAUGGCUGAGGUAUUAUCAACACUGGAACAUCUUGAAGGCCCCAAAACUCCAGGUAGACUCUCCCACUCAGAGCAGCAGAGAGAUGCGCCCAUCCGAAAAUCUCCGAUGCAACAACAUUGUUCUCCUCGAAAUCUAACGCCUAGUGCAUCUCCAUUGCCAUCCCACCGGCAACUUCCUCGAGUACGCUAAACAAAGAAGAUUUUGUGUAUGCACACGUUCCUUGAAAUAUGCAUUAUGUAGCCACACCAAUUGUGACAACCUAAUCAAUGGUCUGUUUCGUUGAUUAGAUUGCGAUCUGUUUUUGGAUUACAUAAAAUCUAUACUCAGUGACCACUUGCUCACUGGUCACUGAAGAUACGAAAGUACAGGGCAUGUGGAGGAUGGAUUGGAGAUAUUGUGAUUACAGUCGGCUUCUUUUGGGCCAGGCAAGAUUCAAUCUAAUACCUGUCCAAACCCAUCGCUACACUUUUUGGAACGGUAGUAGCGUUGGUCGACCUCUUGCUCAAAAAUAUAUGAAGAGAAGAUUCUUGAGCUAGCUUUUUCCCUUGGAAAGUUCUUACCAAGUCGCUUGUCAAAUUAUACUUUUGCAGAGCCCAGCUGCUUGUUAAGAUAUGGUUUAAGCCCACUUCUGAAUAUUUAUUGAUUGCACUGUAUGCAGAAAAGCUUUGUAGGAGUACCACUCCAAAACUAUAUACAUCAGUAUUUUUGUGCCACCUGGCCUGAAAGAUAAAAGAGAAGUCAGUUCAUAUAAUUCUGUCACGCCUUGGGAAUAUACUUUAUCUAACAGAGAAAUGAUAUUUACA